UUCGAAAAACCCUACCUCUCCUUCCCCUUCUCCUUUUCCUUCUCCAUGCCUCUCUCAUGGUGUAAUCUGCAGCUUCAGUCUCUUCCUCCGUCAAUCGAUCUCUCAGCUGAUACCAGCAGCUCUCCUUAGUCUCGCAAGCCGUCACCAAGAUGAGGCCGCCUCAGAGAGGUCGUGGCAGCAGCGGCGGAUUUAGGGGGGGAAGGGGCGAUGGAGGGAGAGGAAGAGGGAGGGGCGGUGGUGACAGAGGCAGUGCCAUGAGAGGGCGUGGUGGUGGCCGUGGUGGUGGUCGUGGUGGAAGAGGACGCGGUGGUGGUAGAGGCGGAAUGAAAGGUGGAAGCAAAGUUGUGGUUGAGCCUCAUAGACAUGAGGGGGUGUUCAUUGCUAAGGGCAAAGAAGAUGCUCUUGUUACAAAGAAUAUGGUCCCAGGAGAGGCUGUCUACAACGAGAAGAGAGUCUCUGUGCAGAAUGAAGAUGGAAGUAAAGUGGAAUAUAGAGUGUGGAACCCCUUCAGAUCAAAGUUGGCAGCUGCCAUUCUUGGUGGGGUUGAUGAGAUAUGGAUUAAACCUGGUGCUCGGGUUCUCUAUCUAGGAGCUGCUUCUGGGACCACAGUAUCUCAUGUUUCUGACGUUGUUGGCCCUACAGGAGUGGUGUAUGCGGUUGAGUUUUCGCAUCGCAGUGGAAGGGACUUAGUCAACAUGGCUAAGAAGAGAACAAAUGUUAUUCCUAUUAUUGAAGAUGCUAGACAUCCAGCCAAGUACCGUAUGUUGGUUGGAAUGGUGGAUGUUAUAUUUUCAGAUGUUGCUCAGCCAGAUCAGGCAAGAAUUUUGGCUCUAAAUGCGUCAUAUUUUCUCAAGGGUGGAGGUCACUUUGUCAUCUCAAUAAAGGCAAACUGUAUCGAUUCUACUGUUCCGGCCGAGAUAGUAUUUUCCCAGGAAGUGAAGAAGCUGCAGGCAGAGCAGUUCAAGCCUUUUGAGCAAGUCACUCUCGAGCCAUUUGAGCGAGACCAUGCUUGUGUCGUCGGUGGCUAUCGCAUGCCGAAGAAACAGAAAGCUUCUCCUGCAUCAUAAAAAGUCCCAGGCCACCUUGGCUGUGCGAAUCUCACUAUCUUUUGGUGUCUGGGGAUGCACUUAGAAUGUCAAUCUUGAUGCGUGUCUUUAUUAUUAUUAUUGGUAGUUGGAACUCCAAUGGAUUCAAGGUUUUUGGUAGGCUCUUGUAAUGGACCAAUAUUCUGAAAUGAGUCAGAGAUUUUUUCACCUUAA